AUGCCUCUUCUCGUAGACGUCGACCAUGCUUUGAAAGAGCUUACGAUCGAGGAGAAGGUCAAGCUUCUCUCGGGCAAAGACAAUUGGUCUACCUACCCUAUCGAGCGCCUGAACAUUCCCUCUCUUGUGGCUACGGAUGGUCCACACGGGGCGCGAGGCACGUCUUUCUUCAAUGGCCCGCUCGGUGCUCUGCUUCCGUCAGCAACGGCGAUGGGGGCGACCUUUGAUACCAGGUUGAUGCGGUCCGUCGGUAAUAUGCUGGCUGCAGAAACCAUCGAGAAAGGCUGUCAGAUUUUACUUGCUCCGACCGUUUGUCUGCAACGGUCCCCCCUUAUAGGUCGUGGCUUUGAAGCCUUUGGCGAAGAUCCAAUUCUCAGUGGCAUGAUGGCCUCCGAGUAUAUCAACGGUGUGCAGGAGAAAGGGGUUGCAACCUCCAUCAAGCACUAUGCAGCACAUGACCAAUCUUAUAUGUCCCCCGAGGACGACUUGCAAGUGGCUGAAAGAACCUUACGAGAAGUACACCUUUUACCCUUCCAGUUAGCUGUGAAACACGCCAACCCUUGGUCAUUUAUGACUUCAUAUCACCGCAUAAACGGAGUUCACACUUCAGAGAAUGAAUGGCUCAAUACUCAGAUCCUACGGCGAGAAUGGGGAUGGGAUGGGCUUCUGAUGAGCGAUUGGGGUGGUGUCUUCAGUACUACUGAGGCAAUGAAUGCUGGUUUGGACCUGGAGAUGCCGGGUCCUUCUAGGUGGAGAGGCGAUCUUCUGCACCUUGCCCUCAUGUCUCGAAAGGUCACGAAGUCGAUGAUUAAUGAACGCGUUCGGAACGUUGUCAAGCUCGUGAACAGAGUGCAGCCGGCUAUUAAGCACACAACACCAAAUGAAGAAGCUGGCGAUACACCUACAAAGAGAGCGCUAUGCCGAGAAGUUGCUCGAGGCUCGAUCGUCCUACUCAAGAACGAACGCAAGGUAUUGCCUCUUGACCCAUCAGCGCAGCAAACCUAUGGUCUGAUCGGCCCUGGAGUUACAUACCCCGCCGUCAGUGGCGGCGGUUCUGCCGAUUUGCGCCCAUACUACGUCCAAAAGCCGCUUGAAGCCAUCCAAGAUGUUGUCGGCAGGGAGAAAGUGAGGACUGCUGUUGGUUGUUACUCUCACAUAUUCACACCUCCUCUAUCCGAAAACGUCACUGUUCCGGGAACAGACGAAGAGGGGUAUCAACUCUUUUGGUACGGUGAAGACCCAGAGACGAACCCCGAGGCUGAGCCACUUCACUCUACGACUACAACCCAGGCCACAAUGUACUUUGCAGACAACCAUCCCUCCGGUGUUCCUGAUAUGUAUUGGCUUCGCGUCGUGACAUUAUACAGGGCAACUAAGACAGCGACUAUGCAUAUCGGUCUUUGUGUGAUGGGCAAAGGACGCCUGUACAUUGAUGGCAAAGCGGCCAUUGAUCUUUGGUCGAGCCAUCCUAAGAAGACGCUUCAGACGCCUAUGUUCAACCAAGCAAGCAUGGAAUUGACAGCUGAUCUGGAGGCCCAUGAAGGACAGGUUUACGAGAUAUCUGUUCUUUUAAAGAAUGAAUCUAUGUCCUCUCACAUUGGAGGGCCCUAUGUUGGAACGACAUGUAUUGGUGGUGUUCGGAUAGGAUGCUGUGAGAAGAUCGACCCCGCUGUCGCUUUGGCGGAGGCUGUUGAAGUGGCGAGGAAUGUGGACGUGCCUAUUCUCAUCGCUGGUCUGAACGCUGAUUACGAAACCGAGGCGGUGGAUAGACACGAUCUAGAGCUGCCACCUGGGAUCAACGAACUUGUUCGGAGGGUAAUCGAAGCGAACCCUAAAACCAUCAUUGUCAAUCAGUCCGGCUGUCCAGUGACCAUGCCUUGGGCCAACAAUGCCUCGACUCUGCUCCAGGCGUGGUUUGGUGGCCAGGAAACAGGCAACGCUAUCGCCGAUGUACUCUUCGGUCGGUAUAACCCAUCGGGGCGUCUGUCGAUUACGUUCCCGCGCCGACUGGAAGACACGCCGUCCUUCCUUAGCUUCGGCAAAGGAGUGCGGCACAUGUAUUACGGAGAAGGCGUUUUCAUCGGUCACAGAUACUAUGAGAAGCUUCGUAACGAUCCACUCUUCUACUUCGGCUUCGGUCUUUCGUAUACGACCUUUGAAUACUCGAACCUCCAACUCCCGGAGGUUGUCGACUUGGGCGAUAAUGGGAAGCGAACCUUCAACGUGUCGGUUGAUGUUAUGAACACCGGUGACAAGGAUGGACACGAGAUUGUACAAUUGUACGUCUCUGAUAUAGAAUGUGCCACUCUACGGCCAUGCAAAGAGUUGAAGGGCUUCGCUAAGCUAUGGGUGCCCAAGGGUGGCAAGGUUAAGGCCACAAUCAGCUUGGAUAAGUACGCCGUGUCAUAUUGGGACGAAGAGGAGGAGAAGUGGCUCGCUGAGAAAGGUACUUUCAAGGUGGUGAUAUCGCGAAGCGCAGACCCAAAAGAUGAAGUGUUGCAGCGUGAGUUCAGAUUAGACAGGGAUUUGUACUGGAGAGGUGUAUAG